CUUCAACUCGGCCACUACACUCACUGCUCUGCGCAUGCCUAGCCUGCUGCUUGUUUGAAGUUCGCCUUGCAUUUCUUGAGCCGACACACAAUGUCGAGGCUGUUCAGAAGUCAUAAUACCGUCUCUUGCUUCUUCUGUCUGUCACCCAUCGAUCCUCCUCCCCACAACCCCCGGUCAUUUCAAUGUCCCUAUUGUGUAUGUUGGAAUCGAUACGAUGCCAGAGGAGAAAUAGUUUCCAGUGACCCUGCAAUGUAUGACGAGAGCCUCAAUGCCCAGUCGUUUGCGAAACGAGCAAAAGCGACGAAAGACCGUCUACCAGAAACUUACGAAAGCAGUCGUUUCUGUCAUACAUGUCAAACGAACCAGAUGCUCCUCACGAACCUGCUAUCCAACUAUCUCCCUCCACCGAACGACCCUGAAUACAAGCAACGCUGCGAGAUGUAUCCUCAGUACAAACAGUCCAUCGAGACACGCUAUCCGCCAGUCUGCGCUGACUGUGCUCCUGCCGUGGAAGAGGAAAUCCGGAAGCGCGACAGCAUGGCACGCACUCAAGCACUCGGCGGCUUCCUCCGCGCGAGCAAAGACACUUACCACCAAGCUACUCUCAGGAAGCAUGAAAAGGAGCGGCUUGAGCAUCGGAUCACUUUCUGGAGACUGAGAGGAGUAUUAUGGACAGGAUGUCUUAUCUUCACGUUUAUCAUAUAUCUCACAAUUGCGCGUGGUUAUACCGUGUCCUGGAUACCUGAUUCCCUCAAACCCAUUGGUCCAAUCAUAGCUUUACUGUCGAUAUUAUGGACGGCAUGGGAUCCGAAGUAUGCUUCGUUGAAACGAGCAACGUAUCAGGGUCGGGCGUUGAGACAACGAGGCAAGCACGAGUAUAAUAAACUGCAGAUCAUGGCGUGGACCUCUAGAUGUAUCAACACAAUCAUCGUCGCGAUCAUUUGGUGGAGACCAGCUGGUUAUCUAGCAGUAUUUACAGGUGAUUCGCGAGGAUUGCAUGCAAGAAUUUACUGCACUGUCUGUCUAUUAGUUGAAUUAAUUAUCCUUAUUCGUUCAUUCACGACUCUUCGACUGGAACCGCCGCCACCUGUUUGCCUGACUUCCGAGCCUCCAUCGAGCAAGCGACUACUGCACCCGACUUCAUCAUCGUCUUCACGCGAUAUCUCGCCUAUGUUUGAGCCCGAUCUUCUCGCGCCCCUCACGUUGUCUUCCAAACCCAUCAUUCACCCACCUUCCUCAGGAGUACCUCCCCAGAACCCUAUCUUCGGUCUUCCCUCCCUCAAUACGGGCCCUCAGUCAUCUACCUCAUCCCCAUGUGGACCCACCUAUUCCGAUCAAUCAUGGAUAGAUCCGAUGGAUGUCGAGACUGAUGAUGAGCUCCAGAAGUCCAAGGACCCGGACGCUAUGGAUUGGACGCCAAUUAAGCCUUCCUCAUCUCAGGUGUCCAACGGGCAUACGCACCAGUAUGACGAUGGGUCGUGGAUACGGCCUCAGCGGUUCUUUGCACCAGAAGAGCCGACGGGUUUAGAAAACUUAUUUGCGAACACCGUCAAGCUAGCUGACGAUGCUCCAGGAGGAGGACCGCAGCCGCCUUCUAGCGUGCGCAAGCGCGAGCAAUCACUGCGUAGCAUUGUACCAUGGAUGUUGCUGUCUGCAAUUGGCACCGCCGCCAUUGUGACUGCGUUGUAUUUUGUAUGGGACCGCAGGAGGGAACGG